CUGAUACACCGGUUCUGCACAGACAGUGUAGUAGUUAGGCUGCGUUUGGCCCAACCCCAAACGACUGCCGCGAGACGGGAGACGGUGAUGACGACAGCGCGUAAAUCGGCAGCUGGAAACGAGAGGACCGCUCUAGUUGCGGGGUUUGAACGGUGAAUAGAAGUGACUGCCAGCACGGUUACCCCGGGGAGGCACCACAUCCAAGGGACCUGGAAGCUUUGGUUACGCGUGCGUUCCCACUUGGAUCGGAGAGGAAUGUUGCGCUGUGUCUCUCUCAUCAUCUCCUCUGUCUGAUUUUUUCUUUUAAUCUCCUAUUUUAGAAAUGGUUUUUUUUAGACGCGCCGUGCCAUCCUCACAUCUCUGAACUUUACAUCCUAGCAGGGCAAGAUUUGACCAAUUAAAAGUGCCAAAAAAAGGGAGAGAGAAACAGAGAAGUUCAUUCACUUGAAAAAAUGUCCACGACGCACCUCAGCUCCCCGGCGCCAAACCAGAGCUACCUUUCCACGGCCACCUACGAGAAGACGGACCCUUCGGAGGUGGAGAGGCAGGUUCGCCUGCUGCUUUUCGGCUUGUGCGUAACCAUCGCCGCCGCCACCUUCGUCGGAGGUGUGUAUUCGCUGCUGUCCCUCCUGCGGAUGAGGAGGAAAACCUCACUGUGUCUCAUCGUGGCUUCCAUGUCGGUGGACGACCUGCUCAGCGUGGUCCCCCUCUCCCUGUUCAUGCUCCUUCAGUGGGAGGCGGACGGAGGUGGAGGGUCGGGCAGCCUGUGCACUUUAUCCGGACUUCUGUACGUGUUCCAGGGUGUUUCUAGCAAUAUGAAGGCUUGCCUCAUAGCAGCUUAUACUUUUUAUGUCACCAAGAGAUUUGGAGUGCUCCAGUCCGUCCGCCGACCCAGAAGGGUGAUGUGGGCCAUCGCCGGUGUUUGGGCGGUCAGCCUGGCCGUCAGUGUGUUACCUCUGUGCGGAUGGGGCAGCUUUACGCCGGCCUCUCUCGGGUGUUUCCCCGAGAGCGACAGUUUUUACACCCUGCUGCUUUUCUCUUUAUAUUCCCUGUGUCUCUGCGGCUUGUUGUUCUUCUUUAUCCCCCUCACCUACCAGCUGCUGUGCUCAAGAGAGCCCCAGAGGACUUUGCUGUACCCCAGCUACCUGGAGAUGGCGAGGGGACUGAGCGGUUCCGCUCCCCUGUGCGAUCUUCAGUCCUUUUCCCGGGACAGCCUGAACAAAAGUUUCGGUGCCUACAACGAGCUGAGCCCGAGCUCGUGCGGAACAGAGCUCAGGGAGAAAGAGGACAGCGGCCUGUCCCCGGUGUCUGUCAGCGGGCAGAGGACACCAGCCGUCGGAGACACGCCGGUGGUGUUCGCACAGAAGCGCUUCUCCAUGAUCCUGGCGGUUGUCCGAGUUGUUUUAUGGAUGCCAAUGAUGACUUUGGUUCUGGUGCGCCACGCACUGAAUGCACGCAGCUCGUCCCUGGAGACUCUGAGCUUCUUCCUCACUCUGCUGGCCCCCGCGGUCACUCCGUUAUUUGUGCUGUCUGAGCGCUGGAUCCACAUGCCGUGCGGCUGCUUCAUUAACUGCAAACGGGAUCCAACACAGGAGCCCUCAGUGAUGAAAAGAAGAUUUGAGUUCAAUCUUUCCUUCCAGCAAGGCUAUGGCGUGUACAAGCUGUCACAUGCCGCCAUGUCCCAUAACAGUCCACCCCAUGAGAAGCCUGCCUAUCACAGCCUCUUUAACUGUGACUUCCCUAAUACCCGCCUUGAUGCACUAGAAAGCGGUGGGCUCUCCAGCCUGGGGCCCGAUUUUGAUUUCAGCACCGCGCACCCAGUGGACAGCUCCUCUCAUGCAGACCUCCUGUUGGAAGCAGUGGCUGGAGGAGGAGAGGCCCUGGCUGAUUGUCCUCCACUUCCCCACGAGAAGCACGGAGAUGAUGAUGACUUCUGUUGUGUCCCCUCGCUGCCUUCUCAUCACCGGGAGCAGGAUCACAAUCUCGCAGACACAUCGUCGGUGUUCGAGGGGCCGGAGAGGAGGCUGUCGCAUGAGGAGUGUCGGAAAAUCGAGCUGACAGACUGGGAGUGGUGCAGGAGUAAAUCAGAGAGAACACCCAGACAGCGAUCAUCAGGUGGUUUGUCAAUCCCUUUGUGCGCCUUUCAGGGCACUGUGUCUCUGCAAGCACCCACAGGGAAAACCCUCUCUCUCUCCACCUAUGAGGUCAGCAGUGAUGGACUCAAAAUAUCCCCAAAUAAUGCCAAAAAGGUGGAAGUGUAUCGCUCCAAGUCAGUUGGCCACGAGCCCAAUGCAGACGACUCAGCAUCAGGAGGUCAGGCCAGAGACGUGAAUGUCAGCAGUGUAGAGAUGGGCAUGGAGAUAGGGAUGGGGAUAGGAGCGGUGGUUGGGGACACCAACGUCAAGAUCCACCUCGAGGUGCUGGAGAUCUGCGACAACGAGGAGGCCAUGGACAGCGUCUCCAUCAUCUCCAACAUCAGUCAGUCCUCCACCCACGCCCGCUCGCCAUCGCUGCGCUACUCGCGAAGGGAGAACCGUUUCGUCUCCUGCGACCUGGGCGAGACAGCCUCCUACUCCCUGCUCAUUCCCAGCAGCGGCAACCCCGAGACGGAGACCAUCAAUAUCACCAUACCCGACACGGUGGAGGCUCACCGCCAGAACAGCCGACGACAGACGCAGGAGAGCUCGGGAUAUCAUGAGGAGAUACAGCUGCUCAAUGAGGCCUACAGAAAGCAAGCUGGGGAGGAGAGGGAGGAGUGACAUACAUACAGGAUAACACGAAGGUGGCUCUCAGGAGGAGGUUGAAAGAGAAACUCUGCCACCAAAGAUGAAAGACAGAUUUCCUAAUCAUUCCACAUCUACUUCUUUCUGAUCACCGCUCAAACAGAACUGACAGGUGACCCAAAUAGAGACUUAGAUAGACUGUUAUAAUAGUCUGUUUGCCUACUCUUGUACUUCCUCUUCAGAUAGCAUCAUGAGAGCACAUGCAUCAUCUGCCUGUAGAGUGCACAAAGAUAGAUUAGCUUGGAAGAAAACAGGUAGUAAUAAACUGAGGUAAGAAAGACAGAAAGAGACAGAACCAAAGGAAGGUUGAGGAUAGGAGAGAAAAACACUAUUCCAGUAGAGCAUCUGUAUUCCUGCCAAGACUUUCACCAUAUGGCCGCCUGUCAUCAUAAAAUAGAUACAUCAAGAGAGAAAUUCACUUAGAUGUGGAGAAGGAGGGGCCGCUGCCCAGUCACAUGUCUGAUAUGAAGCAGCUCCUGUCGACUACGUCACCGGUGACUCAGCUGUGAGGGGAGGGGUCACCUGACCCAUAUGUCUGACUCAUCCCUGUGCGUGUUGUUGUGCAUUUUGUGUGUGAGAAGUAGCCUUGCCCAUAAGGGUGAUGGUACAUGUGUGAGAGUAAUGGUUUGUGAUGUCAACUGCGAAAAGCAUUCCAAUGUUUCCCUUGUAAGAAUGUGUUUAUUCUGCGGGUUUCUUCGAUUUAAGGUGUGUUUUCCUUUGCGCCCUUGGCUGCUGUGUCUGUCAUGUGUUACACAAUUCACGUUGCUACUAUCAACUCAGAGGGAGAAGAGACCACUAUCCAUGCUGAAAAUCUAAAACAGGAGGGAAGGAGAGUCAAGCAUUUGAGGGAGAGUAUGAGUGAUUAUUGAAGAAGAGGUUGAGGGGAUACUUAAUGCAGAGCAGUUUUUUUCAGCCUCGUGUACAUUCAGUGGAAUUUAAAUGAGUGACAGUGUGCAUAUUUUACUAUAGUAGGCAGCAUACGAAUGUACAUUCCAGAGCCACUUUGGGGGAUCAUCUCUCUGCCCGCUCAGUUCACUGCCCAUCCAAUCAGUGAGCCAAAGGGGCUUCUCACUUUCUGUCGAAUACAUGCAUAAAUUCAGGACUCAAAAAAGAUUUUCAUACAUAGUAUUGUGUAUUUCAGAGCCAUUUUUAAUGGUUACAUGGACUGUGAACACUUUCACUGAUGAUAUCAGUAUAUCCACCAUUACUUAUAUGCACAUUUACAUAUACAUGUGUGUGUACAAACAGCAGUAUCAUGGUAAAAUAAGGUAUUAUAGACCAAUUUUAGAAUAUAUGUUAAUUUAAGUUUGUUUUAUGUAGUGUCUUUUAUAUAUCAACCGUUUGGUUGCUUGAUCUACAACACAACAUUGGCACUUUGUGGACUUCAUUUGCAGGCUUUAGAAUUGUCCUUUAGUGAGCCCACUUCAUCAGCUGCAACAUGUCCCAUCCUCCUGAAGAAUGUUGCCAUUAAAGAUUCAUGCCGGAAAAUUGCCUCCAACAAGGUUGCCAUGCAUUUCUGUUUUCGAGUGCUCCUCAAGGGCAAAAUGUAAAAGAAAAUAAUGUACAGGCAUAUGAAUCAUAAUGAAUGUGAAGUUGUGUUCAGCAUUAACCAUUUCUGCUGUUAAUGGUGCCAAAGGUUUUCAGGGCUGAGAGCAAGGGCUUCAUCUCUGUAACCCUAACGGAGUGGAAGUAAUUUGAUCAUCUGCUUAUUCUCACUUUUCAACAGGACUCCAGUUCAGCCUCUGGUCAAAUGUUCUCAUAAACCAUGUCGAUCAAUAAACUGUUAUUUGCCUUGUUUGUGAGAAUUAGGAAUUACACAUUACCCAAAAACAAGUGUUUGCAUGUUCACGUCAACCACAUUCUGGACAGAUAAGGCAAUACACAAAUUACUGAAAUGGGAUUCUUUAUUACAGAAUAAAAGCAAAUAAAGCGCAAUAAUGAACUACUUAAGAGAGUGACCUACAUAGAGUGCAACCAUCAUCGGUUGUUGUGCC